GUAAAAGUAGAACCGCUCCAUUCCAUUUCCACACUCAUGCCAGACCCUUAAUUACGUCCGCCCGUUCGAAAAAUAAAAUCCCGUAAAUCGAAUCCCGGGCUAGCAAUUCCGUAGGCGCUAGGCCUUUUAGGAAAGUUGGGUAGAGUCGUAAAGUUGCGGCCGCCAGCCCGCCAGCCAACGAGCGUAAUCUCACGCUCGGUUCAGAGCUGCAACGAACUCCCUCGGCCAUAUCGCCGCUGCUCCUAUAUUAUCCCUUUCCUGCCCGUCUCUUAAUCUCACCCCUCUCUCGUUUCUCGGUCUCAACUCGCUAAAUCGGAAAAUGGGAGAAUGAUGCAACUUGUGUAAUCAUGCUCGGGCUUAGCAGCACACGUUUCUUCCGCUUUUUGUAAGCUUUUCAGGGUGAGCAGCAGGUUGGUAUGCUCUUGAAUCAGGCAUGGCCAUGAUGCUGCUGGCCCGCAGCCUACGCUCCAGCCUCCGCCCGCCGCUUGCCUCUGCGGCGGCGGCGUUCUCCUCGGCGUCGGCGGCCGCGGCGGAGGCGGAGCGGGCGAUACGGGACGGGCCGCGGAACGACUGGAGCCGACCCGAGAUCCAGGCCGUUUACGACUCCCCGCUCCUCGACCUCCUCUUCCACGGGGCUCAGGUCCACAGAAAUGUUCACAAAUUCAGAGAAGUGCAGCAGUGCACACUUCUUUCAAUUAAGACUGGUGGGUGCAGUGAAGAUUGUUCUUACUGCCCUCAGUCAUCAAGAUACAAUACUGGAUUGAAGGCCCAAAAAUUGAUGAACAAAGAUGCUGUCUUAGAAGCAGCAAAAAAGGCAAAAGAGGCUGGGAGCACCCGUUUUUGCAUGGGAGCUGCAUGGAGAGAAACCAUCGGCAGGAAAACAAAUUUCAACCAGAUUCUUGAAUAUGUCAAGGAAAUAAGGGGUAUGGGCAUGGAGGUCUGUUGCACGCUAGGCAUGAUAGAGAAACAGCAAGCUGAAGAACUCAAGAAGGCUGGACUUACAGCAUAUAAUCAUAACCUAGACACAUCAAGAGAGUAUUAUCCCAACAUCAUUACCACAAGAUCAUAUGAUGAUAGACUGCAGACUCUUCAGCAUGUCCGCGAAGCUGGAAUAAGCAUCUGCUCAGGUGGAAUAAUUGGUCUUGGCGAAGCAGAGGAGGACCGUGUAGGGUUGUUGCAUACACUGGCCACCUUGCCUGCACACCCAGAGAGUGUUCCUAUCAAUGCAUUGGUUGCUGUAAAAGGAACGCCUCUUGAGGAUCAGAAGCCUGUAGAGAUCUGGGAAAUGAUCCGCAUGAUCGCCACUGCCCGGAUCGUGAUGCCAAAGGCAAUGGUGAGGCUCUCAGCAGGUCGCGUGCGGUUCUCCAUGCCAGAGCAAGCGCUCUGCUUCCUUGCUGGGGCCAACUCCAUCUUUGCUGGCGAGAAGCUCCUCACGACAGCAAACAACGACUUCGAUGCGGACCAGGCGAUGUUCAAGAUCCUCGGCCUAAUUCCCAAGGCCCCAAGCUUCGGCGAUGAAGAGGCUGCCGCUCCUGCAGACACCGAGAAGUCUGAGCAAGCCGCUUCAAUGUAAAACGUCAUUACAGAAUUUGUGCAUCAAGCCGCUUUAAUGUAAAACUUCAUUAUAGAUUGUGUGUCACAGUUAGUGCAAAACUAGCACUGUUGUUGCAGCUAAAGCAUUAUAUUGUAGAAACCAAUACAUUGUCUCGUCGCUUGAGACUGAUUAGGACUAAAUAGAGAAUGACAAUAUGUCAUGUAUUUCAGUUAGUAGCUUCAACCUCUGAUCCCUCUCGAUGCAGCGCCACUGAGCAUUAGUCA